UGGACGUGGGUCUAUGUGAAUUGUAAAAUAUAGCGGCGGUCAGUGACUUUGAGACGAGCGAUUUGUUUUUGUUUUGUUGUAAGUUAUUAUUUAUAUAUCUACUAGUGUUUGUGCAAGUGUCGCCCAACCGCAGUCCCGAGUGACGUUAUUGAUAUAGUGUUGUUCGCUUCCCACAUUGGCCGCCGACUAAAAAUGAAGCCUUUGAUUCACACCGCAGCGGGCGAGACGGCCUUGAUUGCAUUCUUAAUUCAUUUGGCCGGUUGGUGCUUGGCCGGACCAGCAAGCGCCGGUGGCGGGCAAGAUUUCAUUCGGACAAUGGCGGCCAAGAGCAAUUGGUCGAGCAACGCGACAAUUCACCCGAUGGCUUCCUUGCUGUCAGCGCUAGUUGAGGGCGGUAGCCGGACUGGCGAUAACGAGGCCGGCGGCGACAAUAGUCGGGCGUUGCGAAAGCGACGCUCUGUCAACUCUCUCUACAACGGCCGUUCGCCGUUAUCAACAAUGACGAUGAUGAGAGUGGAAGGGUCCGCUACUUACGCGGUUCAAUCAUCCACCAGUCCAGCGGCGGGGGCGGCGGCCGUUCCAGCCGAACCUGUGGUGAAGCGCGUCUCACUCGGCCUCCUCCUACCGCACACGACGUUCAGAGUCCGGGAGUACAGCAAAGCCGUCCAGGCAGCGAUGAACAGUUUGAGGAAACAAGAUCUCAGCUUCAUCAAUUCGUACCGAUUCCAAGUAUCUGAUAUCCACACGGACAUGCUCAAAGUGAACCCGAGUCCCACAGCUAUUCUGGAUAUGGUAUGCGAAACGUUCCUGAAGCGCAACGUCUCGGCCAUCCUGUUCCUGUCCAACACGGAACUGUACGGACGUAACAUUGCGGCCGCCCAGUACUUCCUGCAGUUGACCAACUACUUGCGAAUUCCUGUCGUCGCCUGGAAUGCCGACAACUCCGGAUUAGAAAAGAGGAGCGCCGGAAAUAACUUGGUAAUCCAGCUAGCCCCGUCGGCAUCCCAUCAGGCCAACGCCAUGCUCUCACUUCUCAAGCGCUACUCCUGGAAACAAUUCUCCAUAGUCACAUCAACGGUGGCCGGCUACCGUGAAUUUAUCCAAGCAGUCAGCGAAGCAGCUUACAAGUUUGAAUCGCACAACAGCUACAAAUUCAAAAUAUUGGGCACCGUCCUGGUGAACAAUAACGCCAGCAACCUCGGCAGUCUUUUGGGAACAGAAGCAAGAAUUCUGCUGUUGUACUCGACACGCGAAGAGGCGCGUUCCAUUCUCAAGACAGCCGGCCAGAUGGGCCUGACUGGCGACAAGUACGUGUGGAUCGUGACUCAGAGCGUCAUCGGCAGCACAACGGAAUCGCCACCCGAAUUUCCAGUUGGGAUGUUAGGUGUUCAUUUCGAGACGACGGACAACCAGCUGACCAAGAGCAUAUCAACUGCUCUCAAAGUUUUUGUCAAUGGAGUGGAGGGCUUUCACCGCGAGUCGAAUGCAUCGACCCUGCUCAGCCCCAAGGUUUCCUGUGAAGACUCGACAUCCACGUCAUCUCGUUGGGCUCAAGGCGAGCAGCUCUUCAAAUAUCUUCAAAAUGUGCGGAUUGAUGUCGAUCCUGGCAGGCCGUCGCUGGAAUUCGACGCUGACGGGACCCGCAGUUCGGUCGAGCUGACGAUCGUCAAUUUACAACCGAGUAAUAGCGGUGGAUCUGGUAGAGAACUUCUAUGGAGACAAAUUGGCCAUUGGCACUCGUGGAAGAAGGAUGGACUCGAUAUCCAAGACAUCGUGUGGCCCGGUCACAGUCACGUACCACCUGAAGACGGUCCUGACAAGUUCCACUUGAAAGUUGCUUUUUUGGAGGAGCCGCCGUUCAUCAGCAUCGUGCCGCCUGAUCCGGUUAGCGGUCGCUGUCCUGUCAGCCAUGGAGUACCUUGUCACGUUGGCAACCAUGUUCCGCUGAACGGGGAAACUGAUCCGGGGCUGUUUCCAGCACGAAACGUGACGCAAUGUUGUUCCGGCUUCUGCAUCGAUCUGCUUGAAAAGUUCAGCGACGAUCUCGGCUUUACUUACGAACUCAUCAGAGUGGACGACCCAAAGUUCGGCACUCACGUGAAUGGAAGGUGGAACGGGCUGAUGGGAGCGCUGGCCAAUCGCAGAGUGGAUAUGGUCAUGACAUCUCUUACAGUCAACGCCGAGCGGGAGCACGUCGCUGAUUUCACAAUUCCUUUCAUGGAGACGGGCAUCGCUAUUUUGGUGGCCAAGAGGACCGGCAUCAUUUCGCCAACUGCAUUUCUAGAGCCGUUCGAUACGGCGUCUUGGCUUCUCGUCGGCGUCGUUGCCAUUCAAGUAGCCGCCCUGGCCAUCUUCCUCUUCGAGUGGCUCUCUCCGUCCGGAUACAACAUGCAGUUAUCCGCUCCGACCAAUCAGCGUUUCUCGCUUUUCCGGACCUACUGGCUCGUCUGGGCCAUCCUUUUCCAGGCAUCUGUCAACAUCGACUGUCCAAAGGGGUUCACAUCGAGAUUCAUUUCCAACGUCUGGGCCACAUUCGCCGUCGUGUUCCUGGCCAUUUACACUGCCAAUCUGGCGGCCUUUAUGAUCACUCGCGAAGAGUUCUACGACCUGAGUGGCGUCGAAGACCCGCGGCUGAUGAGCCCCAAGAGUCACGAGCCGCCGUUCCGCUUUGGCACCGUGUCCAACACUCACACGGAGGCGACCAUUCUCCGGCACUACAAGGAGAUGCACUACCACAUGCGCAACUACAAUCUCAACGAAAUUAGAGCCGGAAUCGAAGCUGUCAAACGAGGUGAAUUGGACGCUUUUCUUUACGACGGCGCAGUGCUCGACUAUUUGGUGGCCCAGGACGAAGAAUGUCGUCUGUUAACCGUCGGAUCGUGGUACGCCAUGACAGGUUACGGUGUCGCCUUCCCUCGCGGCUCCAAAUAUGUGGCGCCUUUCAACGAAAAGCUGCUGGAAUACAUUGAAAACGGCGACGUCGAUCGUUUGCGUCGCUUCUGGUUAACCGGCGUCUGUAAGCCGUACAAGGAGGAGCGCCAGUUUUCCGAGCCGCUGUCAACCGAGCAAUUUCUGUCCGCCUUCUUGUUGCUCCUCUCGGGCAUCGGACUGGCCUUUCUCCUCCUCGGUCUCGAGCACAUUUACUUUCACUCCAUCCGCCCCCAUCUCACAUCACCGACGACCGGCGCUUGCUGCUCCCUCAUUUCGAUUAACAUGGGCAAGUCGCUGACAUUCCGGGACGCCGUUUUCGAAACGCAGGACAGAUUGAAAUCGCAUCGCUGCCGCGACGCCAUCUGUCGCUUGCAUUUGCGGAGACUGAAUCUCCAGCUGGAUGUAACGCGGAAGAGGAUCCGCCAACUGGAGAAGCAACUCGGCGGCGGCAGCAAUCAAUAUCUCGGCCCUACAGGGAAUGAUAAGCAUCAGGCGAUUGCCGAGGAAAAAAACGUAAUGGAAUGCCCAGCGACGAUGCGCCAACCAUUGGACGAAAUUCCUGAAAUGGAAACAGUCCUGUAGGGUGAUGGUGUGCGCAUCGAUCCGUUAUUAGGAGCGAACUUCGACUGUUGAUCUUACACUUCAGUCAACAAGUUUUCCAGGAAAUUGAUUUUAUGGAAAUCAUCUAGAUCUAUCCAAUUGCAAAACCUGGCAACGGCCUCCACGCCAAAGGGAAUUUCACAAGUGGACGCAACGUAACGCAUAAUCAGCAAUCCUGUAGGUCCGUGCUGUUUUUCCGCUGCGAGGGUCAUUAAAACGUGAUGUAAUGAUGAAUGAUUGAAACUGAUAAUAAUCAAGAAAAAUAUUGAUGGUGAUGGCGGUGCCGAUAAACGAUAAGGAAAUCGUUUGGAAAUCAUAAUUAUAUCUAGUUAAAAAUUUUAAUGAGCUGUUCAAUACAAAGUUGAUGAGAUGAU